GUUUCUUCCAAGUGUGCUAUUUGUUAAUGCGGUGCUUCUUCACAAGCAAUAUCAUUUUAGAUCGCCUUCAUCCUUUUGUCUGCUCAGUGCUUUUGGUUCGUCGUUUAAUCGAUCGAAUUUAUUUCUUUUUUCUGCAUCUUCGGUUGAAACUUGUGAGUCUGUGGCAAUUCAAUAUGCCCGAAAACAAGCCUGUAAUUGGGCUUUCAUGGGAACCAAAGUUACCUCAAUUAUCAUUUGGGACCAAAAAGAGCUCCAAUGAGGUGCCCAGGACCAGUGCAGUAUACAAACCUAGUUCGGAACUCAUCGACGGCCUAUUUGUUCCGCCCAAUGAUCCCAAAGAGGUGAACAAGCUUUUACGAAAACAAAUCAAGGAUACAACUGGCAAAAAUUGGUUUGAUAUGCCUGCCCCAACGAUUACUCCAGAGCUGAAAAGGGAUCUCCAGCUGUUAAAGUUAAGGGGUGCCAUGGAUCCGAAAAGGCAUUACAAGAAGAGUGGCUCAAAAUCAAAAACACUACCUAAAUAUUUCCAGGUCGGCACAGUAAUAGAGCCAGCAUCUGAAUACUACUCUGGUAGACUGACUAAGAAGGAGAGAAAGACAACACUUACUGAGGAGCUUCUUUCCGACCGUAAACUUGGGGAGUACAGGAAACGCAAAGUUCGCGAGAUUGAAGAACGUAAUCGGCCAGGUGGAGUUGACAAGUGGAAGAAUAGAGGUCCACAGUCAAGGAAGCGCGCAAAGCAAAGAAGGCAUUGAAGCUAGAGAGCUCAAGAAGCGUUGGAAUCUUUUACGAGGUGUACCUGCCAUUCUGGCAAAACUAUUAGGAUGUGCCAAUAACAAGGCAGGUUUGAUAGAACAUCUACAAAUCCCAGAUGCCAUAAUUGCACCAGCAUACUUCUAAUACGUGUUUCUAGCACUCCCAACAGAUAAUAGUUGUCAUCAAUUUUGAACUGUGUUGCUGAUGAUCUUCAUGUAUAUUAGCCUUCUCAUGGGGUAUUCUACUCUUAUUGUUCUGGCAUCAAUACAUCAGAAUGUUCUGCAGUGUGGACUGAUGUUUUGACAUGCUAUAUAUUUUCUGCAACGGUUAGGUGGUAUUAUUUACCAUCUGAAAUUGAUUAGACGUUUGAACGCUAAUCUGAGUAUACAACCGUAUUCUAGUCCAGAUAAAGCUAUAACUUAGGAGUAA